AUGCUCAAGGAGUCCUUGGUUCGCUGUCUUAUUGGCCUACUUUUAGUCGUUCAAGUAGCCGUCUGGUUCCUAAACCUGCUGGAUCUGCUCAGUCCCGGCAAACCCCUCUGCUUAAUUCGGAAUACAACCGAUGUCUUGAUACAAUUCUCAAGGCGUUCUUCGGCUCUUGUUUACAGGGGGGUUAGCAGUCGAAUUUGA